CGGGCGCGGCGCUUGGCCAGUAGCAAUAGCGGAGGGUGGCGCGGAAAAGCGGAUGCCGCUUCCGGAGCGGAGAGUAAGGACUGUUGUAGCGCACGGCACACUGGAAGGUGCAGGGAGUCUAGAGCGGAAGUUGGGCCGCGCUCUGCUUCCGCGUCGUGGAGUCAUACGCAGCAUACGUGGGUAGCCGCUCGCGCUGGGCUAUGAAUCGCUUCACCCAGAACGUGUUCCGCUUUCUGGUAGUGCUGAACACGGCCGUGCUCGCCGCCACCUUCGGGACCUUUUGGCAAAUAGACAGAAGCCAAGAUUUCAGGCGUACAAUGCACAAGAGAUUUCCAUACAUGCUGGAAGCUUAUUACAAAUACCAAGAAGCGGGUGGAUAUUAUGGCAUCAGGGAAAAAGACCAAAUGGAAUGGUUUAGCCGCAAAGACUAGAUCCCUUUGUAUUUGAACUGCUUUCUCUUCUUGAUAAUACUUUUCACAUCUCUGUUGUGAAGCCAUCUGUCACGCUCCGUCUCCCACUUGAGUUGUUUGAGACCUACCAGAGAAGAGAAGGUAGAUGAGAUGUCAGAGCAGCUGGUGUAUAAUUGUUACUUAUGAACACUAUAUGAAAUCUGAGUAAAUUGUGUAUUGGCUAAUAUUUAGUUAUGUAUAGAAAAUGUCAAUAAAGUGUGAACUAUG